CUCAGUGGGUUGUGGGGGUCAGUGUGUAAUUACCUGUGGGAUGCCCGACAUGCACAAGUGGUGUGUCGACAACUAGGAUAUGAUGGACCAUCUUUUCCACUGCAUCACACUACCACUUUAACUGUGUCACCAGCCUAUCAUCUGGACAACGUUGACUGCAGAGGAAACGAAAUCAUGUUGAGUGAUUGUAAACACAGGGGAAUUGGCCUGCAUGACUGUUCUCCAGGCCAAGAAGCUGGAGUUACGUGUAACAACAGGGAAUGUACUGAAAAUGAUGUUCGACUAGUCAGUGGGAGAACAGGAGAUGAUGGACAGGUGGAGAUGUGUUUGAAUGGGGCAUGGACCCCAGUCUGCAGUGAUAGAUGGGGCUACAGGCCGUCUAAUGUAGUUUGUCGACAAUUGGGGUAUAAUGGACGUGAGUUUCGUGCAGUCUCUCUCGUUUCACUUUACAAUGAGGCCCAUUUUUCUCUUCCAGCUUCGUAUCCACGAGUGAGGCAGAGAGCCAAGUUACAGAAUUAUUUGGUUACUGUAAAUUGUAUUGGUAAUGAGGCCAGGCUCAGUGGGUGUAGUCAUCGCAAAGUCAGUGUCUGUUAUGGUGGAACGGCAGGAGUGAUAUGCAACAAUGGGACAUGUGAUGAAGGAACGGUCCAUCUGGUAGGAAGUGAUGAUGUAUCCAGAGGCAGGGCAAUCUACUGCCAUAAUGGAACCUGGCAUUCUUUGUGUCGUGAUCACUGGAACUCCACCGGAGAAGAAGCACGAGUUCUCUGUCAGACUUUAGGCUAUGACACUUCUCGUUACGCAUUGGCCUUAGUUGAUUAUGGUCGUGGGACAAGUCCCGUCAUCCAAUGUGGGAGUGGGCAGAAUGCACUAAGUGACUGCUCUAAGCUGGAUGACAGUCAAUGCAGGGAUGUGACCGGGGUUGACUGUAUAGCUCCUUGUACUACUCAAGGUCUGACAGACUGUCAGCAAGACAAUGUGGAGAAUUAUUAUGGUUUUUGGGGGUUUGAGUUUUACUACUGUAACUGUAGCUCUGACUGCAUUUCAGAUGGUAGCUGCUGCUCUGAUAUCUCUGUUACCAAGAACUGCUUUGGGGCAGAGAAGGAGUGCAAAAAUGGCAAAGUUCGUCUAGUGGGUGGAGUAACAAAUUCCACGGGAAGACUGGAGUUCUGUGCCAAUGGAGUAUGGGGUAGAGUCUGUAACGAGCUGGAGUACUGGGGUCCUGACAAUGCCAGGGUGGUGUGCCGCCAGCUGGGGUUCUCUGAAAAGGGUGCAUACAUUCUUGAUUAUGAGGACAGAUUUGGGACUAGUAACAGAUCUGCAGUCAUAGGAGAGGUCUACUGUAAUGGAACAGAGCCAGAGCUACUGGAAUGCUUUCAUGCCAGUAUUGGAACCCAUCGUUGUUAUAGAGGCAGUAUUGAUACCGACAUCAUCAUCAGCUGCUAUGAUGAAAACAGAGGUUGUGAGAAUGGAGAAGUAAGGCUACAAGGUGGUGCUGGCUCUUCCAAUGGACAUGUAGAGUUCUGCAAAGACAGAGUAUGGGGGAGAGUCUGCAGGCGUGGAUGGGACAUGAAUGAUACCAUGGUUGUGUGCAGACAACUAGGUUUUGACCCUGAAGAUUCAGCAGAUAUUCCUGGGCCUGCAAAUGCCGGGGAUGUUCCAGUGUUUCUUGGGCAAGUCAACUGUAGUGGCAGUGAGCAGUACUUCAAUGAGUGCAGUCACGGGAGGCCACCAACUGGUGGCUGUGCUAGAGCGGCAAUUUCAUGCAAGACAAGCUCAAAUGAAACAAAGUGUGCUGCACAAGCAGAGACCUCCACUUACCCAGCUAGUUACGGAGAGUGCUCAGUGUACAAGUCGGAAACUGGUGUAUGUGAUGAUGUCGUCAGGCCCGGCAUUGACUAUGUGUAUGCCAGCUAUAGGCUUGGGGAUCAGAGCACCAUUGCUCAACUACUCAAUAAGAACAUCAAAGACAUUGAUACCGAUCAGAAUGAGUACUGCAUGAAGCAGAGUGCUCAGAGCUCUCUGUCAUUUCUACCUCCCUCCCUGUGGCAACUCCACCCAUCUGGCCCCUCCCUCCUCCAUCUGCCAGGAACAAUGUCAGAUGGUACAGGAGACAUGUCACACAACAUGGAGCACUCUUCUCUUGGCAUUCGAUUCUGUAGACCUUGUAAUAGAAUGUAAUGAUACUUCCGCGUUGCUGUUCCCAGUUCCACACUGCUGCACUGAUGCUGGGCUGGGUCGAUCUGUCCACCUUCCCCCCUCCUCACCACAUGAAAAUGGAGGAGCACUGGUGGAGAUUGUGACUCUAGUUGUAGUCCUAUUUCUACUAGCAGCAGUGGCCAUGAUUAUUGUGGUUUCACUUCUGAUGGUACUGUCCUCCAAAAGGCGUAGAAGGAAACAGUUGGAGAAUAUGCAGCUUGACAUACUAGCUAUAGGUGGGCGUGAUGCUCCAGUCUCAGUGUCGGUGAUUGAACCAGACGAGAAAGGAGCUGCUGCUAGUGCAUCAAUUGCUGGCCACAACCCUUACAUGUCAACAGAACCAAACACCGGCUUGCUGCAAGUACCUUGGCCUAGGAUAAGGGUCCCUUCACAUCACAUGAGAGAGCUGGCCAGGGGAAAGUUUCUGGUCAAGAGUGAAGACAUUACCCUACUGGACAGCAUUGGAGAAGGGGAGUUUGGUGUGGUAUACAAGGCCAGACUGGGACUGUCUAAGAGAGUGGUGGCUGUCAAGACACUUAAAGGUGAGUUUAUCCAGGUAGAAGUGGACAAAUUUGUGGAGGAGAGUCUGAAGAUGAGUCGAUUCAAACAUGCUCAUGUGAUGGGUCUAAUCGGAGUCUGUCUCGAUGCUGGCUCCGCCCCUUACAUCAUCAUGCCUUAUAUGGCCAAUGGUAGCCUUUUGAAGUAUCUCAAGAGAGAGAGAAAUAAUAUCGUUGUUUUGGAUGAAACUGAUGAAGAUGAGCUGGGAGAGGUUCGUAAGCGGCUGAUGGUCAUAUGCUCUCAGAUAGCUAGUGGGAUGGAAUACAUGGCAGCUAACAAGUACGUCCAUCGGGACUUGGCCGCCAGGAACUGCAUGAUUGAUGCACAUUUCCUGAUCAAGAUCACAGACUUUGGUCUGUCGGAGGACGUGUUUGAGAGGAACUACUUCAGACAGGACAGCAGCAGUGGGGAGAUGGUGAAGCUGCCCAUCAAGUGGAUGUCUCCAGAGAGCCUCAGUGACGGACACUUCUCUGAGAAAAGUGAUGUGUGGUCCUAUGGGGUAACGAUGUGGGAGAUAUUCAGUGGAGGGAAGGCCCCGUACCCAGGUACGAAUCCCCUCACUCUCAUGGAGAGUCUGGAGCAAGGCUACCGUAUGCCUCAGCCAUACAAUGAUGCCUGCAGUGAGGCCAUAUACCAUAUGAUGAUACAGUGCUGGGAGAUGGCGGUUGAGGAUCGGCCAACCUUCAGUGAAAUUAGUUUGACCAUCUCAAAGUUCAUUGAGCACAUAGCAGGCUACCUACAGAUGGGGUACAACCCAUUCAAACGUGGGGCGGGGAAAGGGGAAGCAGAGGAAGACGAGGAUGAUGAACACAAAGAAGAGGAUGAAAAAGAGAAAGAAGAAGAGAAAGAAGAAAGUGUGGUGGACUAGAUUACCAUUCCUCCAUCAGUAUAAUGGCACUAGCGAGGUAGAAUGGCACUAGCAACAUAGAAUGAAACAGGACAAAUAUUUUGGGAAAUGUAAACAUUUUUUGGCGAACCACGUCCACACGUGUCUCAGACCACAAAAUAUUU